UUUUCGGUUGAUGCUUUGUGUAAUAGUAAUAGAUAGUAAAAGAACCCCUUCGCUGAUUUUAUAUGGAGAUCAGGUGGCUGGUAAUCAUAACUCAGUUUACGAGGCAUACUUCAGUCAGGUUGAACACUCCAGUGAUGGAACCAUAGGAGCCUUACAAGCUGCAAAAUUCUUGAAAAAGUCUGGUUUAUCAGAUGUUGUUUUAAGCAGAGUCUGGAGUCUUGCUGAUCCAGCUGGAAAAGGAUUUCUCAACAAAGAUGGUUUCUUUGUUGCACUGAAACUUGUUGCAUUGGCUCAAUCUGGAAUUGACGUAAAUAUGGUGAACAUUACGAUGGAUACACCACCACCAAAAAUGGGGGAUAUUCUACCUGCAAGUACAAUUCACAAUAACCUUAUGUCACCACCGGUCAUGAACAGCUCUGUAUCACUUAGUGACUGGGCAGUAAAACCAGCGGAAAAGGCAAAAUAUGAUAAAUUAUUUGAUUCAUUACAACCUCUAAAUGGAAUGAUCCCUGGAAAUAAGGUUAAAGGUGUUUUAAUGGAUUCAAAGUUGCCACUGGAAACACUGGGAAAAAUAUGGGAUCUUGCAGAUAUGGAUAAAGAUGGAAUGCUGGACAGGCACGAGUUUAUGGUGGCAAUGCAUUUAGUAUACAAGGCAUUAGAAAAGUAUACAAUUCCAAGCUCCUUACCACCAGAACUAAUGCCACCAUCGAAACGGAAAGAUAUGAUGCCAGCUGUCAGUAUGUCUAAUGUGCCUAAUCUUGGAACAGGAGGAGAUUCGAAGAGUAUUCUUCCAGGGGCUCCUUCAGUGCCUUGGGUUGUCACUGUAGAAGAGAAAACUAAAUAUGAUACCUUGUUCGAGCAAACAGAUAUUGACAAGGAUGGUUUUGUGUCCGGGUUGGAAAUAAAAGACGUCUUCCUACAGUCUGGUGUACCUCAGCCUGUUCUGGCGCAUAUUUGGUCACUUUGUGAUAUAAAGCAGUGUGGCAAGUUGAACAGUGAACAGUUUGCUUUGGCCAUGUGGCUGAUCAAUCAGAAACUACAAGGUAUAAGCCCACCAGCAACUCUCACUCCAGAAAUGAUACCACCAUGUUUUCGGACAAAACAGCCUGUUGACGGAUUAGUAGAGAACAAUAAUGCGCCUUAUUCAAAUCCUGAACUUGACAUGAUAACCAAAGAUAUAGAGGAACUCGCCAAAGAAAAACAUAUCCUUGAGACUGAUAUAGCACAAAAGGAAGCAGACAUUAAAAUUAAAAAUGGUGAAAUUAAAAGUCUUCAGAGUGAGCUGGAUACUUUAGCUGCCACAUUAAAACAGUUGGAAAACCAGAAAGGUGAAGCACAAAAGAGGCUUAAUGAUUUAAAGAGCCAGAAAACAUCUGUAGAGAAAGAACUUAAUGACAUCAAGCAGGCAUUGGAAGAAGAGCAAGCCCAGGUUGAUAACUUGAGACGUCAAGCAGAUGAGCAGGAAAUGAGCCUCAAAGCGCAAGAAGAAGAACUGAAUUCAAAGAAGCAGGAACUGGAAGGUCUCAAACAGGAAGAAGCAAGAUUAGAGCAGCAACAAAAGGAUUCUAGGAAUCAGCUUGACAAUCUGACAAAAAAUUUGCAAGAUACACAACUACAAAUUAGCCAGGUAAAAGCAAAGAUUACUCAUCUCCAAGAGCAGCAUCGACAAAUGAAUGAUGCAAUUGCGAUGUAUGAUACAGCUAUAACAGCAGGAGAUACUUCUACUGUUGUGGACACUUCACUGAAUAUUAAACCUGAAUUCAGAGAUCCUGAGUACUUAAGAAUUUGUGGUGGAAAUGACAACAGUCCUGUUGAACAGAAUAAGGCAUUAACAAAUAACAAUGAUCCUUUUGGUGGGAUGAAUGAACAUUCUGAAAAUAUUGGAGGAUUUGAUGGAGAAGAUCUUUUCAGCAAUGAUCCAUUCAAGAGCACAAAGCCAGUUCCUGCUGUUGAUCCUUUCAGCUCAAGUGAUCCGUUUAGUUCUGCCUUCCCUUCGAAACCAGCAGAUAUAUCAGUAACAGAUCCAUUUACCUCCUUUGGGACGCCAGCUACAAGUGCCAAGAAUGAUCCAUUUGAUCCAUUCGGGGAUGGGACAAACCGAAAUUCAAGCAAAUCGCCAGUGGAUAUGUCGGGCAAGGAUCCAUUUGGUUGCGAUCCAUUUGCACUGCAGCCAUCUCCGAGUGGGCCACCACCUCGCCCUGAAAGCCCGAGUCCUGCUCUUCCUCCAAAGAAGAGUAAACAGCCUCCUCCUCGGCCAGCACCACCACGGCCGCUGCAGCAGCCAGGUGGCCGCGCAGCACCUGUUCCCCCCACACCUAGCCCUGACCCUGGUCGUGACCCUUUCUCUUCACCUGACCCAUUUGCUGUACCAAACUCAUCUUCUGGAUCGUUUGCAAAUUUUGCAGACUUUGAUGCUAAGUUUCUUGGUGCAGCAGAAGGUACACCAGUUCAUUCCGUUAAGGGUGUGGGAAAGGUGUCAAAGAAGGAGUCCAGUACAACCAAAGAUUCUACAUCAUCGUCACAGAACCGUUAUGCUGCUUUGGAAUUCACGGAAGAUCCGUUCAGGAAUUACAGAUAUGAAGAUCCCUUCAAUAUUUCAGACCCAUUUGAAGACAGUACACCAAAUGGAAUGCCUUCAGUAUCGGAGAAAAAGCUCGAUCCUUUUGGACUAGAAGCAGAUGCAUUAUUUGUGAAAGAUGCAGGUAGCACAUUGAGUACUGUGAAUGGCAGUAACUGUGCAGUAGAUAAUAUUCAUGGGCCAAAGCUUGCAAUUGUUCCUCCUGAGGACCAGCAGUUGGCUUGGGCAGCUGCAGAAAGUCUGAAGUUGGAGAAUGAACGCCGAAAAAGAAUAGAGCAAGAGCAAGCUGAUUUGGAAUAUGCUCUUGCACUUAGUCGAGGAGACAAAGCAAAACCAAAAAAAGUGCUGUGAGAUGAUGUGAAAAUUUUUAUCAGGUGUUAGAACAUUAAAUCUGUUGGUAGUGUUGGAUGUAGAAUAAGAGAAUUGUAAAAUACAUUUGCAUGGUUACAUAUGAUUCCUUAUGCUUGUGUUGAUUUCUGUGCUUUUGGAUAUAUCUUAUUACAAAUAAUAUGUGUAAUUGACUGGCAUACUAUUUCUCGACAAGUGCAUGUGUGUAUUGUGCCUUCUUCCUGAUCAUGUAAUUUAUUGUCAAUUUACUGUAUGUAUGGUAUUAUGGAAACAUGGACAGUACUAUUAAAGUGAUAAUAUUGAAACAGUUACUUGCAAGUGUGAUUAGUUGCAAUUAAAUGCUCUUUAAGUUUUGUUAUAAUGAAAGGAUGUGCACUAUAUUUUUUUAUUUGAAGUUGCAUACCAUAACAUAUUGUUUAAUGAAGCACUGUCUGAAUACUGUGUAUUGUUGUAAGACUUUAGCUGUGUAUAUAUAAAUAAUGUGAAGUGCCAUUGAGGGAAACACUUUAUGUUGUUCUGUUAGACUGUCGUUAUCAUAUACCUUUUUGUACACUCAAUGUUGUAUUGGGUGCUUCAUUUAUGAGCAUUAGGUACUUGGUUAUGUGAGAUGUGCAGUAUUUAAAAAGUUCUGCUGUUAUUUGAGAUGCACUUAAUGAAUAGGUCUUCUUUAAAAAGAAAAAGUAGGUAAGUGUUAAUCCUGUAUAUAUUGAAACUGUACACUUAAUUCAAGUCAUGUAUAUAAAUAUUAUAACAGGUUGAGUCUGUAUUAGAUUGUGCAUACCUAUAUUAUGACUUAGUCUGUGAGUGGUGUUGAGCUGACUGAGGUGAUUUUUUUAUCCCAAUAGCAAGAAUGAUGAAACCAUGAGGAGGUGCAUGAAUAUUGUUUUCUCUCUGUGAUACGUUUUUCAUUAAAAUUAGUUGAUUUCUUAAAAUUCAAAGUUAUGUUAAAGAAUUUGUACAAACAUGGUUUGAAAGUAAAAUGUAACAUAAAUUGUUGGUUGAUUGUGUGUUAAUGAAAACACAACUACAUUUGGAUGUAGUAACAUAUAUGCUUGUAAAGAAUGAAUGGUAGCUGCAGCAAAAAAAAAGUAUUAUUUAGCUGCAGUGUAAUAUGUGAUAUUAUGCAUAGAUUGUAAGACACAUGAAACAUAUUUCAUUGUUACUGCAAAGCAACCAGGUAGAAAGUUGAUUUGUUACUUGUUUUUAGUUUGAGAAUUGAGAAGUAGGCUGGAUUUGAGUGUGAAAUGUUGUACGUGUCAUUUUGUGUACAAUGCAAGCCUACUUCCUUGUUAAUUAUGUUGUUCAAGCUUGUAAAAUAUUGUGGGCAACAGUAAAAUGCCUCACCUAAAUACAGCUACGAGGAGCCUCCAUAUAACUAAACUUGUUACUGAAUUGUAAAAUAUACUUGUAAGUACAAAUACUGCUUAUUUAAGUUACUUUACUAAAGUACAGAAUUUAAUUAUUAAAAUAAUUAUUUGCUUUACCUUGAAUUCACAAACGUUAGUUAAUAAUACAUGGUGCAUUCUCUCUCUCUGUCUCUCUCUCUAUCUAUCUAUCUAUCUAUCUAUCUAUCUAUCUCUCUGUCUGUCUGUCUCGCAAACACACACACACACACACACACACACACACACACACACACACACACA